AUUCGGCAGAAGCCCGAGAGACAGCUUUAUAUUUUGCAGAAAAGGAUUUUGCGUUUUGUGAGAAUGGUGGCCCAGUCUCUGCUGGUGGUCGCGGUCCUCGCGGUGGUCAGCAUUACCGUUUGUGCCGAACCUGCGCCCUUCUUUUGGUACGACUAUUCAGAGGAGUCAUCAGAAGAAGAGGAUACUAAGCAACUUAUAAUAUAUUUAAACAUCACAGAUGUAAAUUCUGAAAAAGGAUUCGCUAUAAAACCCGUGAAUCAACAGAUACCAAUAAAUAUCCCCGUUAAUCCAGGACAGGGUGAAAAUAAUGGUGUAGAACCACUCACAAUACCCAUUGAAUUAACGCUAAAUGGCGCCAAAUAAGAAACCGAAUUACAUUUGUUCGUUUUUGAAAAAAAAAACUUGAUGUAUUUAUAUUUGUACUUAUAAUUUUUGAUAAAUAACUGUAUAACCUAUUAACUAAAAACAUGUAAUUUAUAUUUAAAAAUAACUUCUUAUA